CCCCCCACUAAAGACCCAUAGCCCUGCUGUUGCUGCUGCUGUUGUUCCUGCUGCUGCAUUGUAAUUAGACGAAGCGCUAGGACCCCGCGGACAACACUCUCUGGAUGACACAGAACAAACUGCGAGUUGAGUUUUGGCCACUCAAACAUGGAAAUGUUGAACUGACAACGCAGAACUAACUCGGCACUCUGAAUUGGACGAUAGGUAGGCUAGGCCUAUCAUACCGCCACCGGGGGAUUGUUUUUGUGGAGAGAUCGAUUUUGGGAAUCAAUGUCUACGUGCGCAACUGAAGUUUUAUUUUAUGGGUUUGGAUUUAGGCUGCUGUGCAAUAGUAUGAUUUUUAGUGUGUGUCGUUUGCUCUGGGUGUAAAAGUGCUGAACAUUAAUAUUUUAACCAAAUGGAUUAUGUUCAUUUUGCGCAAAAGCUCUUAUAAGAAGUUGUUUUGUUGUAAUGUUCUGGAUAUGUUUUCGCAGUAUACCUUGCUAAGUGAGUGAUGAUUGAUUUGGAUAUGUCAGCACCGCUGAGCGCUCAUCCGCACACUCCAUCAUUCCUGGACUGGGGAAAGUAAGAAACCACCUGUUGUGAAUGCUUUCUGGAACUUCCCACGGAUAUACCUCGGCGGCUAAAACAAGACAUUGGAAAGGCGUGCCCAGAACGCACAGAGACAUGUAAAGCCGGUAUGCUUUACACGGAACACUGAGAACUCGUUUUGUAUUCAUGGGACAGGCACAGGCUAAUAAUCCUAUUUUAAUUUAUUUAUAUUACCUGUAGUUAAUUAUGUCGCCAUGGUGGCACGGGUUAAGAUGAUGAGUCCUGUCUUGGCCACCAGUUGCUGUUGCGCUCAGAAUGGCUCGCGAGGACGCGGUGAGGUGCCUGCGCUGCCUGCUCUACGCCCUCAAUUUACUCUUCUGGCUCAUGUCGAUAUGUGUCCUGGGGGUGGCUGCUUGGCUCAGGGACUACCUGAACACUGUGCUCACCUUGACAGCUCACACCAGGCUGGAGGAAGCAGCAGUUCUCACCUAUUCUCCGGCUGUCCAUCCCGUCAUCAUUGCAGUGUGCUGUUUUCUUAUCAUCGUGGCCAUGGUGGGCUACUGUGGCACACUGAAAUGCAACCUUCUACUCCUGUCCUGGUACUUUGGCAGUUUGUUGGUGAUCUUCUGUGUAGAGCUGGCCAGUGGGGUGUGGACGUAUGACGAGCCUUUAGUUCAUAGGUCAGAUAUGAUCAGUCUGAAGUCCAGGAUGCCCAACUAUGGCCUGCAGCGUUACCAGUGGCUAACACACACCUGGAACACCUUCCAGACUGAGUUUAAGUGCUGUGGGGUCAUCUACUUCACUGAUUGGCUGGAGAUGACAGAGAUGGAGUGGCCACCAGACUCCUGCUGCUCCAAUCAGUAUCCAGGUUGUGCUCGCCACGCCCACUACCGUGACCUCAGUGACCUUCACCAAGAGGGCUGUGGGCCGAAGAUCUACAGUUUCAUCAGAGGAACUAAGCAGCUGCAGGUGUUGCGUUUCCUGGGUGUGUCUAUAGGAGUGGCCCAGAUUCUGGCCAUGACCCUGACCCUAACCCUGCUCUGGGCCCUCUACUACGACCGCAAGCCCCCCGAGCCCACCCCGCCCGACCCCCCACCAGGAACCGACCCUGGACCUCUAACCAUCACCCACGGACCCCAAGGGGAGGCUCCUAAAUCGGGUAACACUCGCCUGGCUGAGGCCUGGUCCAAUGCUGCGACCACGUCUAACGGACAUGGACACACCCAGUUUGAGAUGGAGAGGCUGUCCUAGUACACUGUCUACCCAUCUGCCCCUCACACUACCCCUCACCCCUACUUCCCAGACACUGAGAGAGGGAAAUAAUAAGGGGAUGAGGAGAAAGUGUGAAACUAGAUGAGGGGAGAGAAGGGGGUUGAGAAAAAGAGGCUAGGAGCUAUGAGAGAGAUUGGGCACAGGUGCAGGAGCGUGAAUGCCCCCCCAUGCCCCCCUCUCUUUCCCGUAGGACAACAGGACAAUGACAUACUGGACUGUGGGACUUUUUGGGACUAUUUUGUCACAGCUGGGAUUGGAAAUUGUAACGGAAACUAAAUAACUAAGUCAAUGCUUGCUCCUGUAGCGUCACCACUAUCCAAAAGUGAGGAGCGGAGGGAAUCGUUUUAGUUUUCCCUACAUUCCUCCUCCUCGUUGGGAAUGUUUGGGAAUAUCACCACUAGCACUGACUGGAUGAAACCUGUUCAGCAAAGACUGCUGUAAGGACAUGUCAACUAUUCAUCUCACUCAAAACACACCGAACCAAGGAAAUUCAGUUUAUCUGGAUAUUUGGAAAUAUCAUGUCUUAAUUUGACAGACCUGUUGGAAUCCACAGGAACCACUCAGCUAUAUUCAUGAGCGUUUGUGCACCAGUCAGAGUGUAUUAUCGUAGUCUACUAUAAAUGAAACAUGAUGUUGGCUAUUUAUUUCUGGCUCUGUGAGAGUAAUGCAUAUCAGCUCAAACAAUAA